CAGUUUUUUUCUACUUUUGGAACCGCAAGGAAUGUACAAAUAAAUACUUUAUGUACCGUUUCUACCAGUAGGUUGUAAGAAACAUUCAAAAUGUUUUAUGAAGUAAGUGCUUGGAGAAAGUUAACCAUUUUUUAUAAAUGCGGUGAAAGCGUUUAUUUUGGCAGUAGGCUCAAAUUCUUUAUUCUAAGCAUUCAAUUCUUCAUGUCUCUUGAAUUCACAGAUGCAGCUCGAGGAAGUAUAAAAAGAUCAUCCUCAAAUUUUAAUUUAGACAGUAAUCCUAUUGCAAGUUAUUCUCUACACCAAAUACAAGGUCCACAUGGAAUAAAAAGGUUGAUUCACAAUGAGCUUGAAACACAGAAUAAACACCCACACAAAUGGCGUUUUUCCAGUCAAAAGUCAUCAAAAAACAAUACCAAAACAGAAAAGAAUAAAACCAAUUCAUUUUUUAAUAGAUUUUACAGUCAUACAAAGCCAGGAGGGGUACAAAAUAAAAAAUAUGAUUUGAACUGCAGUGAAUGUUACAAUUGCCAGCCGAGAAUCAAUGAAGGGAAACCAGCUUUGAAUAGCAUCUAUUCAAGCACGGAGAGAAGCAAUACUGAAACAAAACCGAUAUAUUUGCAAGUUAAUAUUUACAUGCGUAAUACAUCAACCGAUUCACAGAGAUUUAAAGAAGCAAAGCCUGUACAUUUUGAUAAUCUUGAAAAGUUCUUUUUAAUACCAGUACAGAUAUAUGAGAACAGAAAGCAAAAUGAUUAUUUGUCACAACCGCCAUUGAGUGAAUAUUAUGCUUUUGUAAGAAAUAACGAAGGAAAUUCACAAAAUGUUGGGCCAGAAUAUCAACGAUAUAGUCUAGAUACUUUCCAAGGAAAGCCAACAAAAAACUCGCAAAUUCCUGCUGAACCAAGAUACCCACCAAUUUCAACUUUCGGUAUGAAUGUUGAAAAAAAGAAUUUUGUAACAAAACAAAACCAAUUUAUACCACCAUAUUUUAGCAUAAAUUACUUCAAUGGCAAAAGGAAAAAUGAAGAUAUAUUCAAGGCUAAUGAAUGGCUAUCACAAUUGAACACAAACAGCAAAAAUAAUGUCCAAAGAAAACAAAUAUUUGCUUUUCAACCCAAUACUGAGAACGAAUUACAAAAACAUUUACUAUCCUCAUUGUAUUUUAGAAACAACCUUCCAAAAUACAACAAACAGUAUUAUACAACUGUGGAUAUUAAUAAAAACUAAUAAUUAAACCAGUGAAUAUAUUUUAGCUAUUUUACUUUACAGCCAGCACACAUUCAUAAAAUUGAAAAUUCCUAAGGAGUGCUCUUCAACAUUGUGCCUGAGGCUGACAAGCUAAAUCAAUAAAAUUGUACAUCUAAACUUCACAAUUGUGUAUAAUGUACAACAUCUUUGCUAGUACAACAUAGUUUCUACAUCUUUGCAAAUUGGAGGUUUAUCUUAAAAGGACAAUUGGCAAAAAUUAAACAUAAUCUAAUCUGUAAAAUUUCUCUGUAUAAAAUAAACUUGGAUUUUCAUUAUUACCAACCAUAUUCCAAAUCUAACAUUGCAGUGAGGAUAGGCAGACCAGAGUGAUCAGUAACAACCAAAUUUUCACGAUUAAAGUCGUUAAAUGAUUUUUAGGCAAAUACUUUUACUUCUGCACCUUAGGGCAAAAUUGGACAAGUCUAAUUUUGGCCAAAUAAGUUAAAUCCAUAUUCCAAUAGUCUUUAGACCUGACAGACUGUAUAAAUUAUUA